CCCACCACCGUCAAGAUGGUCCAGAGCGACUUCAUGCAGGGGGCCAUGGCCGCGAGCAACGGCGGCCAUAUGCUGAGCCACGCGCACCAGUGGGUCACGGCCCUGCCCCACGCCGCCGCCGCCGCCGCCGCUGCCGCCGCCGCCGCCGUGGAAGCCAGCUCGCCCUGGUCGGGCAGCGCCGUGGGCAUGGCGGGCAGCCCCCAGCAGCCGCCGCCGCCGCCGCAGGGCCCCGACGUGAAGGGCAACGCCGGGCGCGACGACCUGCACGCCGGCACCGCGCUGCACCACCGCGGGCCGCCGCACCUCGGCCCGCCGCCGCCGCCGCCGCCGCACCAGGGCCACCCGGGCGGCUGGGGCGCCGCCGCCGCCGCCGCCGCCGCUGCCGCCGCCGCCGCCGCCGCCGCGCACCUCCCGUCCAUGGCCGGGGGCCAGCAGCCGCCGCCGCAGAGCCUGCUCUACUCGCAGCCCGGGGGCUUCACCGUGAACGGCAUGCUGAGCGCGCCCCCGGGCGCGGGCGGCGGCGGCGGCGGCGCGGGCGGCGGCGCCCAGAGCCUGGUGCACCCGGGCCUGGUGCGCGGGGACACGCCCGAGCUGGCCGAGCACCACCACCACCACCACCACCACGCGCACCCGCACCCGCCGCACCCGCACCACGCGCAGGGCCCGCCGCACCACGGCGGCGGCGGCGCCGGCGGCGGCGCGGGGCCCGGCCUCAACAGCCACGACCCGCACUCGGACGAGGACACGCCGACGUCCGACGACCUGGAGCAGUUCGCCAAGCAGUUCAAGCAGCGGCGCAUCAAGCUGGGCUUCACGCAGGCCGACGUGGGGCUGGCGCUGGGCACCCUGUACGGCAACGUGUUCUCGCAGACCACCAUCUGCCGCUUCGAGGCCCUGCAGCUGAGCUUCAAGAACAUGUGCAAGCUCAAGCCGCUGCUGAACAAGUGGCUGGAGGAGGCGGACUCGAGCACCGGCAGCCCCACGAGCAUCGACAAGAUCGCCGCGCAGGGCCGCAAGCGCAAGAAGCGGACGUCCAUCGAGUGUGAGGUCAAAGGCGCGCUGGAGAGCCACUUCCUCAAGUGCCCAAGCUCGGCGCAGGAGAUCACCAACCUGGCCGACAGCCUGCAGCUGGAGAAGGAGGUGGUGGCGGUGUGGUUCUGCAACCGGCGGCAGAAGGAGAAGCGCAUGACGCCGCCCGGCAUCCAGCAGCAGACGCCCGACGACGUCUACUCGCAGGUGGGCACCGUGAGCGCCGACACGCCGCCGCCGCACCACGGGCUGCCCACGAGCGUGCAGUGAGGGAGGUCGGGGGGCCUCCGCGCUCCCCCUCGAGGGCCGCAGCCUCCGCCGCCCGCCCGCCCGCCGCCCGCGCUCGCGCCCGCCUCCGCCGCUGCC